AUGAUCAUUCCCGAGCUUUCCACUCUAAACUCAACCUGCUUGGUCGAUUAUUUGCUAUGGAAUCCUCUUUACGAUGAUCUCGUACUUCAAACUCAAGAGAAUGAUGACAUAGUAUCUCAAGGGACCAAACUUCAUGAUGGAGUGGAAAACAUGCAAGUCAUGAUGACUGGUACUUCUAAUACUGAGGACCAAUUACCUUUAAUCCAAGAAAUGAUGCAGGACUUGCGAAGGGAAAUGCAGUAG